AUGUGGCAUUCCAUGUCGCUGUCGGCUGCCUUAUGGCUGGCGGCAUGUGUACAGACAGUUCUUGGUGGCCCUCACGACCAAACGACGACAAAUGCGGACGGAAUCAGGAGUAUACCUUUGCGAACGCAUUCCCUCCAACCGCCGUAUUUGGAUUCGGAUAUGCAAAGUCGCUGGUUUGAUUUUGCAGGAAAUACGAUUAUCCGCGCAGACCAGUACAUAAGACUUACGUCUGACCGACCGUCACAAGCAGGAUUAAUCUUCUCGCGUGUGCCACUUACCGCAACGAAUUGGGAAAUUGAAGUAGAAUUCAAAAUACACGGCAAAAAUGUCCUCAACGGCGACGGCUUUGCCAUGUGGCUCACCAAACAACGCGCCACUAGAGGCGACGUCUUUGGCUCAGUAGACCGCUUCGAGGGCCUCGGAAUCUUCUUCGACACCUACAAGAAUAACCGUCCGGGCGUCGUGUUCCCCUACGUCAUGGCUAUGGUCGGCGAUGGCAACAAACCCUACGAUAAAGCAAACGACGGCAAGGAUAACGAAUUCCUGGGUUGUUCCGCGAGAGGGAUCCGAAACGCAGACAUCCCCACGAAGGCCCGCUUGACAUAUUUCCAAGACAAAAUGCUCAAACUCGAGCUCCAGUACAAGGCCGAGGGACAGUGGGAAGAAUGCUUCGAAACCGACGAGCCGCCUAUGAUCCCAUCCGUAGCGUAUCUGGGAUUCAGCGCUGAGACGGGCGAGUUGAGUGAUAAUCAUGAUAUCAUUUCCGUGAACACCAAGAAUCUGUAUGAUACCAAAACUAGGCCUGAGACUACUCGGGCCAAGGAUAAGGAUUCUCCAAAGGUGAAUAAGGGAGAGCAUAAGUCAAAGAAGGAACCGGGGACCGGGGGCGGGAGCUGGAGCUGGUUCUUCUUCAAGGUGGUGCUUUUCUUUGGAUUUAUUGCAGCUGCUUAUGCUGGGUUUACUGCAUGGAGAACCCAGCAGAGGAGAAGUCAUAGGUUUUAA